CGUGAGCCAACAAACGUUCAUCAUUAGCGCGCGGUGUUCGUAGCGAAAACGAAAUCGAACCCACGCGUUUUACUGACACUGACCCCCCCCGAGAGGCUUUAGUACCACGAAAACGCGACCCCCCCCCUCCGAGCGUAAUUCCGACAUGGCGCUACGAAUGUCGUCUCUCUUUUCCCACGUCAGAGCCGCGCUGUCUCGGGUCCGUGCGGACCGCUGUGACCGGUUCAAACACGGUUUAACUCCCGGAAGCCUCCAGCUGGGAGCGAGGCCCGCGACAGGUCCCGUCCGCGGGCAUGUUAAGGCUGCCCUCCGAGCGGAGCGGUCCAGCCCCGGUGACGGUGGUCCCCCUGCCCUCUCCCCGGGGAGGAGAGGCUGGCCGGGCAGAGUAGCCUUCGGGGCCGCCGCCGUCCUCGGAGCCAGCACGGUCGCGCUUGUGCGGUCUCUUCACGCCGGAAAAGUUACCGCGACGGCCCGCAAGGUUGACCUGAACUCCGCUGACGGAGACUGGAGGAAAACCAAGGAGUACUUGUUGUCCCUGUCUGUGAUGGACAGGCGUCAGCACUACAGGACGUCUGACUUCGUGCCACUGAAAGACGUCUCGCUGUGGACUCCUCCUGCAGGCGCCUCUGAACAAACUCUCUACCCGAGGAAUGAAAAGUUGGACCAGAAGAUCUCCCUCUACAGUGGUGACAUCACCAAGUUGGAGGUGGAUGCUAUUGUCAAUGCAGCCAACAAGACCCUGCUUGGCGGAGGUGGAGUGGACGGAGCCAUCCACCGCGCCGCAGGGCCCAUGCUGAAGCAGGAAUGCGCCUCCCUCCACGGGUGUGACACCGGAGAGGCCAAGAUCACCUGUGGCUACGGCCUCCCGGCAAAGUACGUGAUCCACACCGUGGGGCCGGUGGCACGAGGAGGAGUGGGACAAGAGGAGAAGAACGCCUUGAGGUCGUGUUACGAGAAGAGCCUGACGGCAGCCACCGAAGGCGCCGCCCGCUCCGUGGCUUUCCCCUGCAUCUCCACUGGAGUCUACGGAUAUCCAGCGGAGCAGGCGGUGCACGAGGCGUUGGCGGCUGUGAGGGAGUAUCUGGGUGAACAUCACGGCGAGCUGGACAGAGUCAUCUUCUGUGUCUUCUUGCCGGCGGAUAAGGAGCUGUACUUGCAGACCCUCCCGCUCUACUUUCCUGCUGCAGCGGCCACAGUCAAGAGUAAACUGUGAGCGAUGGAUUGGCCAGACGCGGUUGCUGUGGAUACGCAACGUUCAGAUUCCUCCUCCUUGUUGUUGCAGAUUAAAACCUUCUUCAGCCGGAAGAAAACUCUUUAAUGGAUUUAAUGGAUUUUUCAAGUGCACGCUGGCUCUUCUGCAGAUGUUGAUUAGUUCCUCGUUUUUUCCCCGCAAAUUAUGCGAGACGCGUUGUUGUGAAGAUGCGACAUUAUAUUGAUAAUUCUUGUGAAGAAUCUGACCUUAAGCUGCACUCUAACCUGACCUUUAUUGUCUGUGAUCAAGCAGUGAGUUAUGUGUAUUUAAAUAAUGGGAUACAAUUAAAAAAAGCUUAUUAAAAUGAAUCACACAAGCA